UACAACAGCCGCUGCAGCUGCAGCUACAGCUACAACAACCGCUGCAGCUGCAGUUACAGCUACAACAACCACUGCAGCUGCAGUUACAGCUACAGCUACAACAACCGCUGCAGCUGCAGCUACAGCUACAACAACCGCUGCAGCUGCAGUUACAGCUACAACAACCACUGCAGCUGCAGCUACAGCUACAGCUACAACAACCGCUGCAGCUGCAGCUACAGCUACAACAGCCGCUACAGCUGCAACAGCCGCUACAGCUACAACACCCCCUGCAGCUAC